GAGGAUGUGAGACUGAUGAAGGACAUGGGCCUGGAAGCAUAUAGGUUCUCUAUUUCUUGGUCACGGAUAUUACCACGAGGCACGGUCAAAGGUGGAGUUAACAAAGUUGGAGUGGCCUACUACAACAAUCUCAUUAAUGAACUCUUAAAACAUGAUAUCAAGCCUUUCAUAACACUGUUUCAUUGGGACCUUCCGCAAGCUCUGGAGGAUAAAUAUGGAGGCUUUCUCAGCAAAAAUAUUGUGAAAGAUUUUGAAGCUUACGCUGAAGUGUGCUUUCAAGAGUUUGGUGAUCGAGUGAAACACUGGAUAACCUUAAACGAACCUUUAUCCUUCACUGGCGGAGGAUAUGACAGUGGCACAGCUGCACCCGGCCACCAUUCCUCUUUUAAUGGAAGUUCAAGCACAGGAAAUUCGGCAACUGAGCCAUAUAUUGUAGCCCAUAAUCUUAUUCUUUCUCAUGCAGCUGCUGUGCGUGUAUAUAAGAGGAAGUAUCAGGCGGUACAGAAGGGAUUGAUCGGAAUUACAAUAAAUAGUGAUUGGAUACUUCCCUAUUCAAAAUCACUUUCUGAUCGGAAAGCUGCCCAAAGGGCCUUAGAUUUUAUGUUUGGUUGGUAUAUGGAUCCAAUUACAAAAGGGGAAUACCCUUCAACAAUGAGAAAGCUUGUUGGUAAGCGUUUACCCAAAUUUAGUGGCCGUGAAUAUGCUAUAGUAAAAGGAUCGUUUGAUUUUCUGGGAUUAAAUUAUUACACAAGCCGCUACGCUGCUGAUGUUCCAACGCCACCAAGUCCCAUGAAUACAAGCUAUACAUUGGACUCUCAAGCUAAUCUAACAGCUGAGAGAAAUGGUGUGCUCAUCGGACCAGUGGCAGCAUCGAGUUGGCUUCACGUGUAUCCGCCUGGUAUAGGAAAGCUAUUGAAUUAUAUUAAAAAGAGAUAUGACAAUCCACUGAUUUUCAUCACAGAGAAUGGUAUUGAUGAGAAAAAUGAUGAUACAUUCACAAUAACACAAGCUCUUAAUGAUACUUGGCGAAUUGACUACCACUCAAAACAUUUAGCAUUUGUUCAACGAGCAAUAAGGGUUGGAUCCAACAUACAAGGUUACUUUGCAUGGUCCUUGCUAGAUAACUUUGAGUGGGGAAAUGGCUAUACAGUUCGAUUUGGUCUUCAUUACGUAGAUUAUAACAACUUUUUAAAUCGAUAUCCAAAAGCAUCAGUUCAUUGGUUUCGAAAACUCUUGGAGGAAAAAGUAACAAGGGCUAUAGGGACAAUGUGAGAAAAGUAAC